AAAGCAACAGCCCUGAAAAAGUAUUUUUAAUAUGUGUAUGUAUGGAAUGUAUAUCAACGUGCGUGAACAGUGCACGCCUGUGGGAACAUCAGAAUUCAUUAGAUCAGUCUGAUAUGAGAUACAUUGAACAGGUUCCAUCUGACUUAUGUUACUGGGCUGUUCUGUCCACUCCCAGCAGAGUGAAUCAUAUUGACAGGUUGAAUUAUAUCUCAAGAGAUAUUUUUCUCCCCUCCUCCAAAGGCCAUUUGCAAUCACGGCACAUCCACUGCCUCUUAAAAGUGAGCUCAUCUGGCGCUGGUUGCAUUGAAGUCCUCCACCGUGCCUGAAGGAAGGAUGCUUUUGGGCUCUGGGAACGUGGAGAAGAUGUGGUCUGCCCAGCUGUGUCUGGGAGUGCUGACCAUCCUGACCGUGGCUCUGUGUGUCCCGUCAACGCAUGGAGACCCUUUUUUACUCCAAGAGAACCGAGUGCUUCCAGAGAGAGAAGACACAAAUCAUGAGAACACAUUGCUGACUCUGCUUCUUAAUAAGAAAUUCGCAUGGCGGAGGCCAGAAAAUAUUGACUGGGAGCUGGCAAAGAAAUUUGAAGAGCUUGAAGAGCUGGAGAAGUUGAAGGAUCAGCUCUCAGCUGAGGAUGGGUCAGAGGUGGCCUAUGCCUUGGAAAGUCUUUCAGCAUCCCAGCCGAAAAAACGCGCCUGCUUUUGGAAAUACUGCAUCUGAAGGCUUUUCAGGACUGGAGGAUGAAGAUGAGCCCUUCCCCAAACUGUCUUGCUGGGUAUUACCAUGUUAAGAGUUUGUUCUGUUCCCUCAUCGUGCUGCUAAUCUGGAAGCCAUCCUCCAUGACUGCACCACAGCCAAGUCUAACAGGGGCCAAGACAGGAGCUGGCAGCCCACUGCCACUCUCUACUGUUCCUUUCUUCCAGGUUUAACCUGCCAUGAUCUUCUACUAAGAAGACGCUUCCCAACUUUCUGUGCUGUCCUGUGUGUGCCAUCCAGGCUGCUGUCACUGUUCACUCUCCCCCUGCUCACCAGGUCCCCUGAGGCACUGAGCACUAACUCAGCUUCCCCGGGCUUGGGGCUCUGCCCACACCUGCAGACCUUGCUCUCAGCAGUGUCUGGGUUUCCUGUCGCCUCCUGAGCAGGUCUGGGCUGCCCUGGUGGCCGCUGCUGGGACAAGAAGGCAGGCUGGGUGUGAUGUGGAGGGCUCAGGGCUGGAUUGCUGAGCCAGAGCUGCUCCUCGCCGUGUCCCACAGUGUGCACAGGGGAGGGCAGGCAGUGAGCUCUGGAUCCUUUGGAUACCAUUCCAAUAAAGAUUUUCUGUUGCACAGAAGCAUGUGUUUCUCAGAGUUUGCUUUCUCAGCCCCUGCAGGAACCCAAAGCACAGCACAUUUCCCUUGAUGUUGGCUCCUGUUACCUUAAUGGUUCAUGUGGAGUUCACAAUGGAAGAAAAACUCCCAUUAAACACCUAGGGGUUUAAUGUGCCUGAGAAACAGACCCUUCCUUUUGGCCAGGAUCAGAAACAAGAGCUGGGUGUUUUUGAUAAUUAUUUAUGGGAUUCUGUCAUCAUUGGACUGGACC